AUGGCUCAAACUUAUUGUGUUAAAUGCCGUGCCAAAACAAAUUCUGUAUCUGAGAGAUUGGAAACUACUGAAAGUGGUCGAAAAAAAUUAAUUGGCAAAUGUGUUGUUUGUGGUACUAAUAAACAUACUUUUGUAUCUAAAGAUGGAUCGAUUAAAUUAAAGACUCCUGCUGAAGAAGCUAUUGCUAAGGAAAAAAAGGAAAGGGCCAAAGAGAAUAAUAAGAAGGCCUUAAAACUCGCUAAGAAGAUUAUGGCAGAGAAUUCAUUCAUAAAUUCAUCAGAAUUGGGAUCAUCCCAAAAGUUAAAGGAAUCAUCAAAAUCAGCAUCAGAAUAA